AUGUGGCCGGGGGCUUGCAGUUCAGAGUCUCCAUAUCCGACCAAGCUUGUUGACAAGAAGAUGAGGGACCAAAUGCGAGAGCAACAUGAGCCUGGGAGUGCCGAUUCCUUUGUCAAGGUAUUCUCCGACGUACGCCAUCCCGAUGGAGCCAUUUCCACAAAGGACAUGAGCUUAACGGGCCUGUUGUCUAAUUUCAUGCUGCUCUUCUGA